AUGGAAAGCCAAGACCCACCACCCCAGAACAACCCUUUUCUCUUCACGCCUAAUUUGGAGCUGCAAAACCCUUUGGACCCUCAAGAGCAACUUUGUGACUUUGACUGGGCUAACAUUUUCUCUGCCCAAAACAGCUUGUUAUUGCAUAAUGGGGAUACCAAGGAAACUAUUGAAUGUGUUUCUUCUUCAUCUUCUUCUUUUAUGGCUCAAAAUAAGGUAGUUUGCGAGGAGGAAAAGGGAAACAAGGAGAAAAGGAAAGGUGGGAGGGUGAAGAAAACAACACGAGUGCCAAGGUUUGCGUUUCAAACAAGAAGUGCAGAUGAUAUUUUGGAUGAUGGUUAUCGCUGGAGGAAAUAUGGUCAGAAAGCUGUGAAGAAUAGCACAUAUCCCAGAAGCUACUACCGGUGCACGCAUCACACAUGCAAUGUGAAGAAACAAGUGCAAAGGCUGUCCAAAGACACAAGCAUUGUGGUGACAACUUAUGAGGGAAUUCACAACCACCCAUGCGAGAAGCUGAUGGAGACUCUGACCCCUCUUCUGAAGCAAAUACAGUUUCUUGCUAGCUUGUAA